AUGUGUAAUGGCCUCGUAUCCAAGGGUGCAACGCUGACAUCGCAAUGCAGGGUCUCGACUCCCAAUUCAAAACAGCAGUUUGGAAACGACGUAUCCAAGUUCAGCAGACUCAUGCUGACCCCAGACAUUGCUCCGUUGCGCUGGGCUAUCAUAUAUCUGGCACUGAUCUACAUAAUCCUAUCCGCAGUGUGGAUCGUAUGGCGGAAUUUUGCCGGGGUCGAAUCAGGCACUUCACUCCCCGAUAAUGCAAUCGUUUCUGGUCUAUACGGCCCCGGUUUCUGGAGGGUGUUCGUAUUGUCAACUUGGUUUGCGGUGUGGAAAACUAUAUCACAGGACGUCUCGCCCGGCUUCGACCCCGACCUAAUGGUGUCUACAAUAAUCAUAAUUGCGUCCUCCGCCGACUUGAUCCGCCUUUGCAUCCGUAUUGAGAAGCUGGAAACGUUUCCUCCACACUUGUGGCAUUGGUUCAUUGCCGCAGCAUUAUCAACUCAUUACGGCUUUGGCGCCGCAUUUAUUGCAAGCAUUACCGGUAUCUACUUCCUCGCCGAGCAUAAUCCUGGUGAGGAUGCUAUAGACACCCUCAAAGCCUCGAGACGUGCUCUAGGCCUGUGGAUCAUCAAUUUAAUAUCAGCCUUUUCUGCUAUGACGUGGUAUGAAGGCAUGAUUCAUCGCAUCCCUGUCCAUUCACUACCACCUUACGUUGAUGAUUCUCAUCCUGCUGUGUCUAUGGAACGCCUUCAGACGUGGCUCUCCAUGAUUGUGGCGGUAGUGACAAUGGCCCUCUGCAGAGUGUAUUUCUAUGUCAUCAUUGAUUGGGAUGAAUUCAGACGGAGGAACUGGGUUAAAAACAUUUCCAAUAUCACCCUUCUCUGUUUUUCGGCCGUUCUGGGUGUCAUUUUCCUCCCUUUGUUCCCGACUGCCUUGUGCUUGCCGUUGGCCCUAGUCUCCGGCACCGGAUGGUUCCCGGAAUCUGGGAUUUCUUGGUGGGAGCUGGACCAACUUGCCGCAAUGAUCGGCUUCAUCUUGCCCAAAUUAUUCGAGCUUCUCCCCCCCGUCCUCGAGCGUUUCGGCAUAAACUGGGAAGUGUGUUUGUUCAAGUGGCUCAGGCCGUGCGCGCCAAGUUGGCUCCGACAACGUAUGCCACAAGAGUUCGAUAGUAACGUUUCCGACUCGGGGCCGGUGACCGAUGGUGGUGAAUUAAACGAAAUGAAUCGUUCACAGCAGUUGGUGUCAAAUGUGAGCCAGCAUAUGGAGGGGACGUCAAUUGGUGUAUCGCGCCAAAGGAAUGCACCGGAAGUCACUCAGAAUGUCGAAGCACACGACCCGACGUCUAACACUUCAAUCCCAGAGAACGUUUCACCUGUCCAACCGGAUGGUCCAACCACGUCGGACGAUCAUGGACCUUCCACAGUCCGGAAGCGUUCAAUCCCAAACGCCGUCCAAGUCAGGCACUCGUCGACACUCCUUAGGAUCAUUGCCCACCCAAUCACCUCACCUGUCUUCUGGUUCUCCACCCAGGCUCAACCAAUCGGCAUACUAAUUUUCGUCGCAGAGUUAGAUGUAUUUUACUCUCGUCUAUACGGCUCCGGUUCCUGGAGGCUCCAAGUGUUGUCAGCUAGGUGUGCGACAUGGGAAACUUCCGCUGUCGAAGUGGCAGCCGAAUCGAGAAACUUGGAACGCUUCCCCAAUAUUUUCGUCGCCGCAGCAAUCCUGGCAUCGGAUGACUAUGAUCCUAUCCGGGGCACCCAGAGUCUAAUACAUGCAAUCUUCCCCAUGUAA